AUUCCACUAGUUAAGAUUUAACUAGAUAUAAGCCUGCACUUCUCUUUUAAUUCCACCAAACCUUUCAUCUCAGCUGCCAAGACAACUAGAGCAAGGAAUCUCCUUUAAAAGUCACUCAGAGCUAACAAGACAGGGAGGGAGUAGAAAGACGGAGAGAAGAGGGAGGGUGAGUGUAGAGCCAGAGAGAAUUGGCGCUCAAGUGUGAGCAAGAGAGAGCACACAGAACACGGCGAGCGUCUCUUGUAACCAUUGGCAUUUAGAUACAUUCAAAGCCUAAUUCUUUAUUGAAGAAUAAAACAGAUCACGAUCAAAAUCUGACACUUUAGCAGUCAACUGAACCGAACCGAACUGAUGGGCUUUUAUUUGAGGAGCAACAGUUUAAAAGGACUCGUCAGAGGUCCUAGUUGUUGAGGAUGGAUUUUUGAGUCUUGCUUUGUGAAAAGGAUUCUAACAGUGACUUUAAAUCUACAAAGGGCUAAGUAAGUCAGCAAGAACGCGGACAUUUAUGCUGGAUGGAUUUCCUUGGAUUUGUUGGCAGUGCUGAUUUGUUUGUCACUUUGUUGGUGCGUUUGGGUCACUGAAAUUCUGCCAUAAGGAGAAACGAGCUGGUGAAGGGCUCAGGUAUAGGUCAGUUUCACACUGGACCAUACAAACUAUAUCUGGAGGAGGAUUUGGCGAUCAUGGGCAAAUCAAACAGCAAGCUCAAACCGGAGGUGGUGGAGGAACUGACCAGAAAGACCUACUUUACAGAAAAAGAGGUUCAGCAAUGGUAUAAGGGCUUCAUAAAAGACUGUCCUAGUGGUCAACUUGAUGCAGCAGGUUUCCAGAAGAUCUACAAGCAGUUCUUCCCCUUUGGUGACCCCACCAAGUUCGCCUCAUUUGUCUUCAAUGUUUUUGAUGAGAACAAGGAUGGACGAAUUGAGUUCUCCGAGUUCAUUCAGGCUCUGUCUGUGACCUCACGUGGGACUUUGGAUGAAAAGCUCCGCUGGGCCUUCAAGCUCUAUGAUCUUGAUAACGAUGGCUAUAUCACUCGUGAUGAAAUGCUCAAUAUCGUGGAUGCCAUCUAUCAGAUGGUGGGAAACACAGUUGACCUUCCUGAAGAAGAAAACACACCGGAGAAAAGAGUGGAUCGCAUUUUUGCCAUGAUGGAUAAGAAUGCUGACGGGAAACUGACCCUGCAGGAGUUUCAGGAGGGAUCAAAGGCAGAUCCUUCUAUUGUACAAGCCCUGUCGCUUUAUGAUGGCCUGGUAUAGUAGCAGCCUCUCUUAAGGAAACAGGUACAUCAGAGGAUCUAGUGCGGUGCCAUCACCCAGUGCCAUGAAGGAGAUGAGUCUGACCUCUCUACCUGGACAUUUAAGACUAAGAGAGAAGAAUUCAUCCUCAUCUUCUCAACACAAGCAAAUCACAUUUCAGCACUGAGAAAGAAAACAAGAGACUGUCAUCCUGAAAGUUGUGUGUGUGUGUGUGUGUGUGUGUGUGUGUGUGUGUGUGUG